UUGUUCCUUCAUCACCAUAUCGUCAACACCACUCAUCUAUCAACCAAUCGAUUAAACCUCUUCGGUCAACUUUGUGUGUCUUUCGCAUUAAGAACUCAGUAUCACAAACCCCAUACAAAUCAAACGACAAAAGAUCCAUCAUCAAAAAUGGCAGCCCAAACUCACGAUGACCCCUUCGACUUUGAGAACUCCCUCCUCAACCUCGAAGAAGAUUUCUACCAACAAGGCUACGCCCAAGGCGUCUCCGACGGCGCCAAGGCCGGCCGCACCGAAGGCCGUCAGCUCGGCUUGGAAAAGGGGUUCCAGAAGUUUGUCCAGAGCGGCCGGUUGCAUGGCCGAGCCAUUGUCUGGGCGAAUCGGUUACCUUCCAAGCAGGACGUGCGCCGCCAUCAUCUCCUCCUUCAGCAGCAGUCAUCACAAACUGGUCAACAACAACAACAAGCUCAGACUCAGAGUUCGAGUCAGGACAAGCGUCAAAAAGUAGAAGAUACCCUAGAAAACCUCACCCUGGGCCCCAACAUCGACAAACCCGAAAGGAAAGAAGAGCUACGCCUACUACCCAACAACGCCCGUCUAGAAAAACAUGUCUCUACCCUCUUUGCGCUGGCCGAGACCGACACGCUAGCGAAAGAAAACACGGACGAGGCAGUGAAUGAUUUUGAUGAUCGACUGAAGAGGGCGCAGGGAAAAGCCAAGAUUGUGGAGAGGAUGGUGGGGGAGGUGGUGUCGUCGGAGAGGAAGAAGGCGAAUCCAAAUCCUCCGGCGGCGGUGGUUGGGGGGCCUGGUGAGAGUUCUGGGACUGGGGCUGGAGCAGGAACGGGGACGCCGAUUGCGGGUGUGGAUUUGGGGAGGAUUGGGACUGAGGUUUAGAAUAAUGAUUGAGCUGGGUUUUUGGUAGGC